CUCAUUGUCAACAACAAAAAUAAACAAAGAAGAUUCAUGUUCAUAAAUGGAGUUCUGGAACCAGCCUCAGCCAUCCGUGGCACAUGACCACAGGCAGAACAAAAGACAGGGUCCAAACAUUAUCGACUCUCGUGGGGCAGAGAUGACGCCUAUGUUACUCACCAGGCAAAAGGAGCCUGUAUCGAUCCUGGUCACAGAAAAUGCCCACAUGGGGGAAGAGCUGGGACAGGAUGGGACUGAAUUGGCCACGGCCAUAGUUCAGGCCAAGAUAGUUGUGGAAGUGGAGCACCGUACCUAUCAUGCCGGUUGCUACAAUAGGAAAUGUUGGAUGUGGUUCUUUAUUUUUCUUUUGCAGUUCACUGGCCUGAACGCUGAGAAUUGCACGGUGUGGAGUGACCAUGGGGGCAGUUAUUUCGAGGUAUUAAAUGCGAUUAUUGGCAUCGGACUGUCCAGCCACCACACCAUUGAAUGUCCUCACGGCUGCUGCGGUGAAUGGCGAGACGUCUGCUGUGAAGAGCAGAAAGUUGAACCCGCCAAGGCCGAGCCAGCAAAUGAAACACUCACAAUGGAGCCGCCGGAACCGCUAAAAAAUGAUCCGCCUGUAGCUGAACCUGCCAAUAAAGAAACUGAAGAAAAAGCAGACAGUUUCUACUUCAUUGCAUUUGGCAUCCUCUUGCUGUUUGUUAUAAUCAUUAGAUCGAUGAGAAAGAGCAAACCGAGGAAAAGGCGUUAAGAACAUUUGGUAAACAAAUGAAUGAUGAAAAAACAGCAAGUGAUUAUAAAGUGGCUGGAGGAUCUGUCUUACAUCUUGUACUUGCACUAAGAGGAGGAUGUCUCUGAAAAAUGAAAGAAAUGUUUAACAAAUAAAUUUAAAAUAAAAUGCUUCAUCAGUAACAGAAUUUAAUGUUCAAACAAGAUUUGGUUGCUUUAAAAGGAUCCUUAAAAAUGUUAAGUUUUUAGUACUGCACUUUGAAACUGUUAAAAUGUAAAAAAAAAUUACCUUUUUUUACCUCAAGCCAUAAUGAUUUCUUUAGAAAAAGAUUUUAUACAGUAAAAAAACGUCUAAACUGGCUAUUAAAUCAUGUAAUAUAGACUGUACAAAAUAUUUUUGAACUUUUUUUAUUGUCAGUGUGAAAUCAACAAAGUUGAAUGGAUGGCUACAUUAUUAUAAACACAAUUAUUAUUUAUUUUCUUCUGUUUUAUAUACUGACAAAAAGCAUUGAUAAAAAAGAAAAAUAUUUUCCAAUUACUUUAUAAGAACUAAAACUAUCAAAACAAGAAAAAAUUUUAUGCUCACAAAUUCCAGAAAUGAAUUAAUUAUAAAAUUUUCACAUUUAUUUAG